AGAAGAAUGCAUUGUAGGUCAUUGUGUUACGUCAGGACGAACGCACUUUCUGUACGGAGACUUAAUGAGACUACUGCUUCGGCUGACUCAGCCCCGCUUGAGGAUUCCUUGCCGAGUUUUGACUUACCUCUCAUUACUGGUUGGGAUUUUUUACCAAAGACAAUACAACAGUCCGUUUUGGAGAACAAUAAUAAGAUAGAGAAACUGAAAGCUGAAAAGGAUGGAAGCUUAGCUUGGCAAGAGAUACAGAAGUACAGUCAAAUGCUUCGGGAUGGAAACGUAAACUGGGAAGAUAUUCCACCUGAAGACUUGGAUAUCCGUUUAAAGUGGGCCGGCUUCUUUCACAGAAGAAAGAGAGUUCCCGGGACCUUUAUGGUGCGUUUGAGGCUUCCAAACGGUAUCAUUUGGGGCUAUCAACUGAAAGCUUUAUGCAGUUUCCUUCGUCGUUAUGAUCUACAAAAUACAUGCUUUGACAUCACUACCAGACAAAAUUUACAGCUUCGUGGAAUAAGACUGGAGGAUGCUGGUAUUUUUUUAGAAGAACUUACUCGCCUAGGAAUUGGAUGCUUUCAAAGUGGAAUGGAUAAUGUGCGUAAUAUAGUUGGUUCUCCUCUAGCAGGUAUAGAUCCAUAUGAAUUAUAUGAUACAAGAAGUAUCUGCUUUGCCUUGGAUGAGAUGAUAUCGAACGGUGGAAAAGGUAAACCAGAUUUUGCCAAUCUUCCAAGAAAAUUUAAUAUUGCGGUGGGUAGCUACUCUGUGGACACAGUGCACGGUCAUAUCAACGACUUGGCUUUCUUACCCAUCGCAAAAGAUGAUAGCUCAGGGAGCUUACUUUUCGAGAUACUUAUAGGCGGCCUCUUGUCUCCCAAAAGAAAUGAAACUUCACUUAGACUAAAUCUAUGGGUUCCUGAAAGUUCUAUUUUGGCUGUCACUCGUGUGGUCUUGGAAAUUUACAGAGAUUUUGGUUUCCGGAAUUCACGAGCAACUAGCCGCUUUAUCUAUCUUAUUGAAUCAUGGGGUUUAGAGAGAAUAAAGGCUGAGAUAGUUCGAAGGCUAGAAGAAAAGGAUGUGGUGUGGUUGGAACCCUUGAAAAACUCCAUAGCAGAUAACUCAGCCCCCGUGAUUGGUUCGGAAAUUUUUGGCAUUCAUUUACAAAGGCAAAAGGACAAAUUCUUUCUUAGUUGUCAUGUUCCUGUUGGUAGGCUGAAUGUACAGGAAGCCGAAGUUUUAGCAGACAUUGCAAGUAACUAUUCCUGUGGAGAAAUUAGACUUACUGUGGAUCAGAACUUUAUCUUGCCUAAUAUAGUUCGCACUAAAAUAGAAAGUGUUUUACAAGAACCACUUCUUCGUGAACGAUUUACUCACAGACCAAGACCACUUUCGAAAGGAUUGGUUUCUUGUACGGGUUCUCAAUUUUGUGGUUUGGCUCUAAUAGAAACAAAAAAUCGCUCCUUGGAGCUUUGCAAAAUCCUGGAAGAGACGCUUGACUUUCCUGAUGGACAAACGGUGCGUAUCCAUUGGACGGGUUGCCCCAACUCUUGUGGACAAGCACAAGUUGCAGAUAUCGGUUUGAUGGGAGCUCCAGCCAAACAAGAUGGAAAACUUGUCGAAGGAGUAGACAUUUACCUAGGAGGCACAUUAGGAGUGAACUCCACUUUGGGAACUUUAUACAGAAAAGGGAUUCCCUGUGAUUUCAAAUACCUACUUCCUAUCAUGAUAGAAUUACUUCAGACACAUUUUGGUGCUAGACUAAAGGAAGAUAUGUGACUGGAAGGCAAUUUUGGUUUCUCUUAAUCUUUCAAAACACUAUACUCUGUGAGACUUUGAUCUAGACGGUUUCGCCUAACAACAGCUUGAAUGUUGUAUAAAACCUACAAUUCCGAA